GGGGAUUGUAUUUGUUCUCCACUUGUUACCCCCUCCUCCAAAAAAAAACAACAACCACCCCUGUGGAGGAUUUCACUGGGGAUAUUUUUUACGCUUCGGGGCGGGUGGGGAAAGGACUGGAGGUACAGAGACCCCAGAGAGAGGGAGAGGAGGGAGAGAGAGAGGGACCAUGUCUACCUUGUGGCCACUCACCAUCUCCGCGUCGGAGACCCUCAACCAGACGGCAGCGACCCAGUGUCAGGUGAACAAGACCUUUCGGUUCCAGUACCUGCCCCCCAUCUACAUCAUGGUCUUCGUGGUGGGCUUUUUGGGCAACUGCUGGGCGCUGCUGUCCAUGCGCUUCCACCGGGUCAAAUGGACGGGGAUCAACGUCUUCCUGUGCAACCUGGCGCUGGCCGACCUGCUGUAUGUCAUCACCUUGCCCUUCUUGGUGGUCUACUACGCCAGCCGUGGCCACUGGAUCUUCGGGACGGUCUUCUGCCGAGCCACCCGGCUCCUCUUCCACCUGAACCUGCACGGGAGCAUCGGGUUCCUAACCUGCAUCAGCGUCCAGCGCUACCUGGGCAUCGUGCACCCCAUGAGGGUCCUGGGCAGGGUGAAGACCCACCACUCGGUGGUGACCAGCGUGGUGGUCUGGCUGGUGGUGGUCAUCCAAACCGCGACGGAUCUGUACUUCAGUAAAACCAACCCGAACAGCACCAAGUGCUACGACACCACCUUCGACGACGCCUUGCCGGCUUACAUCACGUACAGCCUGACCCUGUCUGUGGUGGGCUUCCUGCUGCCCUUCGCCAUCACCUUGGGGUGCUACGCCCACGUGGUGGUGGUGCUGACCCGAAACCCUAAUGUGGACCCGAUCUUGAAAAGCCGCUGCCUGCGGCUGGUGGCCAUCGUCACGGUUCUGUUCUCGUUUUGCUUCACGCCCUACCACAUUCUGAGGAACGCCAACUUGCUGGCCAGGUACUUGCAACUCCAGGGAAGCUGCACUCGGACGUCCAGGGCGAUCUACAUGGCGUACCAGGUGUCCCGAGGGCUGGCGAGCCUGAACAGCGCCAUCAAUCCGCUCGUUUAUUUCAUAGCCGGAGAUGAAAUCAAGUCUCGGAUGCAAAAGAUCAGGAAAAAACUGUCUCAUUCCUUGUCCAGGUCAGUGACAUGGUACACCCACCUCAAUUCUUCCAAUAAGAGUAAAAUGUUGACUGCAGUCUGAAGAUUACCCCAUUAUAAGUGGUUUCCCCUCUGCCUUUAGAUUCUUUUUUUUGUUCAGUGAACUGUACAAAAGAAGCAUUUGCUCAGGCGUGUUUCGGCAGUAUAGCUCUUAUUCCUCGCUAAUGCUUUCCACUUAACAGCACCAACAUAAUAUUAAUAAUCCUUGCAUUAUUUAAUAUCUAUUUGAUAUGUUGGAGUCCUUAGGCUCAGUGGUUAGAGCACUCGCUUUGCAAGCGAGAGACCCGAGUUCAAUU